UCCAACUUCACUCAGAUUCAAAAUUCAAUUCUAACAGUUUCACAUCUUCCUCUGUUUCUCUCUCUCUCUCUCUUCUCUAAAAACCAUAACUUUGAUGGCAUUAUUGUGAUUUUUUUCGUAAAGUAAGCUCCUUUUUCUUAAACUUUCGCCGGAGAAUAUGGGAGGCUGUACUUCCAAACCCUCUACCUCUUCCGGUAGACCGAACCCUUUCGCUCCCGGUAACGAAUAUCCCCAAAUUGACGAUUUUGCCACUACCCAUCCCGGUAAAUCACCACUUCCCGCCCCUUCCGCCGCAAAGGCCUCUCCUUUCUUUCCCUUUUACACGCCCAGCCCUGCUCGCCACCGCCGCAAUAGGAGUCGUGAUGUCGGCGACGGUGGAGAGAGAGGAGAGAGCAAGAGCCAGACCAGCACGCCGCUCCGUCAAUUACGCCGUGCGUUUCACCCUCCGUCUCCGGCGAAACACAUAAGGGCGGCGAUACGGCGGAGGAGAGGGAGAAAGGAGGCUGCUUUAUCGACGUCCCAGCAGGCGACGAAGAAUCCGACGCAGGAGGAGGAAGAGGAGGUUGGGCUUGACAAAAGAUUUGGGUUUUCUAAGGAUUUUCACAACAGAGUAGAAUUAGGGGAAGAGAUUGGUCGAGGACAUUUUGGGUACACUUGCUCUGCUAAAUUUAAGAAAGGAGAGCUCAAAGGUCAAGUGGUUGCUGUUAAGAUCAUCCCAAAAUCUAAGAUGACAACUGCAAUUGCUAUAGAAGAUGUGAGAAGGGAAGUGAAGAUUCUACAGGCUCUAUCUGGACAUAAGAAUCUGGUUCAAUUCUAUGAUGCAUUUGAGGACAGUGCAAACGUCUACAUUGCAAUGGAGCUAUGUGAAGGUGGUGAACUUCUUGACAGAAUACUAGCAAGGGGAGGGAAAUACUCAGAGAAUGAUGCAAAACCAGUGAUUAUACAAAUCCUAAAUGUGGUAGCUUUCUGUCAUCUCCAAGGAGUUGUUCAUCGAGAUCUUAAACCAGAGAACUUCUUGUACACUACCAAGGAGGAGAAUUCUCAGCUUAAAGCCAUAGACUUUGGCUUAUCAGACUUUGUCAGACCAGAUGAAAGAUUGAACGAUAUAGUGGGAAGUGCAUACUACGUAGCUCCUGAAGUUCUACACAGAUCAUAUACAACAGAAGCGGAUGUAUGGAGCAUUGGAGUCAUAGCAUACAUUCUACUAUGUGGUAGCCGUCCGUUUUGGGCAAGAACCGAAUCUGGAAUUUUCAGAGCAGUUCUUAAAGCUGACCCGAGUUUCGAUGAACCUCCUUGGCCCUUCUUGUCUUUUGAGGCUAAAGACUUUGUUAAGCGGUUAUUGUUUAAGGAUCCCCGGAGAAGAAUGUCAGCCUCCCAAGCCUUGAUGCAUCCUUGGAUCCGAGGAUAUAAUACGGACAUGAAUAUCCCUUUCGAUAUCUUGAUCUUUAGACAGAUGAAGGCGUACUUGCGAUCUUCUCCAUUGCGCAAAGCUGCUUUGAGGGCUCUGUCUAAGACUUUAAUCAAAGAUGAAGUUCUGUACCUGAAAACUCAAUUUUCUCUCCUUGCACCAAACAAAGAUGGCCUAAUCACAAUGGAUAGCAUUAGACUGGCACUUGCAAGCAAUGCCACAGACGCAAUGAAGGAAUCUCGGAUCCCAGAGUUUCUUGCUUUGCUAAAUGGACUUCAAUACAGAGGAAUGGAUUUUGAAGAGUUUUAUGCAGCUGCAAUUAACGUCCAUCAGCACGAGUCGCUUGAUUGUUGGGAACAGAGCAUUCGACAUGCUUACGAGCUUUUCGACAAGAAUGGAAACCGAGCUAUUGUCAUUGAAGAACUUGCCUCUGAACUUGGUGUUGGACCAGCUAUAACCGUACAUUCAGUUCUAAACGACUGGAUCAGACACACAGAUGGGAAACUGAGCUUCUUCGGGUUUGUCAAACUGUUACAUGGAGUCUCUGUUCGACCCUCGGUGAAAACCACACGGUGAAGAUAUAGUGAAACAAACGUGAAAUCGAUAAAAAAAGAAGAUGUCAAAAACUUUACUCUGAUUCUUGGAUUGGAAUUGGAAAUGUAAUAGUUUUAGUUCAGGACUGUAAAAGGACAAGAGCACUUCUCCGAAUAUUGUUGUAAUAAUAAUAUACAGUAACCACAGUGACUUUCAUUUUCUAUGUGAA